AUGAAAAAGAAGUUUCUUGAGGCAGUGGAGAAUGCCAGACCGCCUCCACCCCCUGCACCAACAGAGACGCAGUAUGUGUCGCCACCGCCUCCGCCAGAAGAGCAUCACUACUACUAUUGCGAAUUCCCCCCUGAGAUAGAGCCGCUGCCCCAAGUAAAUGCCGUGGGUCUCUGGAAUGCGAGUGGAAAAGCCUACCAGGGCCCUACUCCACCUGUGGAACCUCCAGCAUUUACGUCUGGGUCGAGCCAUGAAGGAGAAGGAGAAUCCAACGGAGCAGAGCAAGCAAAAGGGAGUGAAAAGGGCAAUGCAAAAGUGGGAGGUGAAUCCUCAGAGGAAAGUCAGAGAGAGGAAACUGAGAAAGUUAAGCCAUAUCCAUACCGUGGAAUGGUGACAAGAAAGAAGGAUGCCACAAUCGAUAUGGCAAGUAUGCUCAAGGACGUGGAGAUGAAGGUGCCACUCUUGACGGCGUUAAAGAUGCCCCCAAUCAGCAAAUUUAUUAAAGACUACCUUGCAGAUGAGAAUAUCUCUGCCGUGAUCCAGCGGAGUGAUCUUCCUUCAAAGAAGACCGACCCGGUGAUGUUCACUCUCCCGAUUUCAAUCGGAGAUAUUCAAGUAGAGCACGCGAUGUGCGAUCUCGGGGCAUCCAUCAAUGUGCUGCCAUAUACUAUCAAUGAGAAGCUGGGAGCGUCCAAGCUCAUUAACACUGACAUAAUGAUCCAGUUGGCCGACAGGUCGUGUAUUCACCCUGAAGGAAUUCUGGAAGACGUUAUUGUGAAGGUGAAUAACUUUCUGUACCCAGCCGAUUUUUUCGUAAUCAAGAUGACGGAGCCAGCGGCAAGGAAGUCGAGUGGAGUCCUACUAGGACGACCGUUCUUGUCUACGGCUAGCACCAUUAUAGACGUCCGUAAUGGGACGAUAAGCUUGGACUUCAAUGGAGCACAGUUCACGUUCAAUAUAGAUGAAGCCAUGAAGAGGCCAGCCGAUAACGAGAACAUAUACUCGGUAGAUGUGACGGAACCCUUAGUAUAA